AUGCAAGUGUUGGCCUUCUUGAUAUCGUUCACCGGUCUCGCAACAAUCGCGGUGAUUCUCCGGUUGUGGACUCGGCUGCGUCUGCGGAGUGCGGGGUGGGAUGAUUUGCUGAUUGUGGUGGCUCUGGCCGCCAACCUCGUCCUCCUCUCCUGCCGCGUUGCCCUCUACCUCUCCCUCCCAUUCUACCACCUCACCCUCCUCACCAGCAAACUCUCCGCUCUAGCCCUCUACACGCGCCUCUUCCGGCUGCGCCGCGUCCUCCUCACGAGCUACAGCCUCGCCAUCCUCCUCACCGUCGCGGGGAUAUGGAUCAUCCCCAGCGCAUUCCUCUUCUGCCUGCCCGUGCACGACUUCUGGUCUUUGGAGCAGGAUGCCGGGCAGCACUGCCUGCCCAAAAAGGCCGUGUGGGUGAGCAACGGCGCCAUCCAGAUCGCGACGCACGUGGUCGUGCUGGCGAUCCCGCUGGUCGUGAUCCCGACGCUGACGCUGCGGCGGCGGGUGAAGGGGGGGUUGUUCUUGUUGUUUGGGGUGGGGUUGGUAGUGGUAGUCAUCAGUAUCAUCCAGCUAGUGACGGUGAUUGAGAUUCUGACGAGAGGGGGGGAUUUAACGCACAAAUCCCGCACCACCGCCCUCCUCGCCAGCACCGAGGCCAGCGCCUCCAUCAUCUGCGCCUGCAUGCCCCCGCUCUACCCGCUCUUCAGCCGGGCGUGUUCGCGCUGUGCGCCCAUCAUCGACAACAUCUAUCAUUGGGCAGGAGGGAAAGGCGUCGCACGGCCGCAUCACCCACACCUCCAGACGGUGAGUAUCCAUCUGACGCGGCCGGUGGUGACCGACAACCCGAUCUUCUUUGAUGGGUUCCGCGUCGGGGGUGGGAGUUAUUCGGCUAGUGUGGAGGUCAUGGUUCCCUCUGGCGGUUUGGAGGAUGGAGAGGGGAGGGGGGAGCGGGGGGUUUCGGUGUUGAGGACUGUUGAUGUCAACUAUAAUUUUGAGAGGGGAGGGGUUGGGGAUGUUCUGGGGGAUAGGGAUACGGAUAGGGGUUGGGGGGUGGAUUUGGCGGACUUGGGGGAGAAGGGGGAGGGGUAUGGGCAUGGCGGGAAGGUGGGGGUGAUCUUCAUGCUGGGCGAUUAG